AUGCCCGGCACGACACUCGCGAAGCUACCCAAGCAGCCUCUGCUGGACCGACGAACUGUUGGUCCGGCUUUCAGUACCAUAUGGCUAAUAGUCUUUCUUGUAUUCUAUGUUCUAUUCACCAAAGGCCGACGAAGAGAGUCCUACGGCAUCAUCGGUUAUGCCUCUCUUCUUUUAGCAAUAAUGUACCUCUUUAACUCGGUCGACGGCUGGCUUCAUCAUACAAAGACCUCGGUGACUUUUGGCUACAUCCUCGUUCAUCCGUUUGCAGAAGCCUUUGGCGUCACAUCGACUUUGCUACUUCUAUGGGGCACAUUCAGGAUAAUAUGGGACGAACUGGUAGACAGGUUCCCUUCUAUCAGGGAGCAGAGAUUCUGGUGGUUUGCCGCCAAGUUCACGAUCUUCGUCAUCUCGCUGAUAUCAAUCUACUACACUGCGCUUUUUCUGGCGCUCGCAGCGGCCUGGGUCAGAUUCAUGAGCCUCAAUACCAUCAACGACAUUGCAACAAAACGCACUGGUUUCGAGAUCGCCAAGGGUUCCUUCAAUUUCGCAUUCACCUUACUCGUAUUGGCUGCUUCAUCUUUAACCUUUUUAUGGAAGGCGAAGAAGUUCGAGGGGAGGCGUCCUCUAAAUCGGGUGUGGACUGGAUGGUUGGGUACUCUAUUUCUGUGUGUCCGAAGCCUCAUCGAGUUUGCCUUGAUCCUAGCCGUUUAUUGGCCUCAAGUCACCCGUCGAGACGUUCAACUUACUCGAGACAUAUAUCAUGGUUUGCUUACCGGGCUAUACAUGAUAUGUAUGUACUCAAUGGCACAUGUGGUCAGCCAGCCCCACGAUGCAAGUGGUCCCGACGCCCGGGCAGUGGAAGCGGCUCUACGGAAACAUAUUCUUGAAAAGCUUGACAGGGAAACAAAACAUCCCGACCGUGAUGCAGAAUCGUCUGGUUUUGAAACCAGACACGGUCGCCUUGAGGCGCGGCGAUUCGAUUUGGUCCUGAAAGACGUCGCCCAAAGCUUGCCCGAGCUACUCCAAGACUUGGUGAAGGACCGUGCUUUAGUCAAUGCAGAGACAGAGCGGAAGGCGAGGAAAUACAUCCGGAUUCUGGAAAAUGAGUUUGGACAGCUUGAUCCAAAGGUGAUGGCCAGACAAGAACGGGACCGUAAUCUCAGCCGAUCUUACGCCCCUUCCAAGGCGAGCCUGCAAUCAGAAUCAACGCGACAUGGUCGCCACUCGCUGAACAAUUUUUCGAAAUCCGCCAUAGGAUUAGUUCAAGCACCAAACAAUCCGGACGCCCGUCCACGGAUACCCAAGCCUCAAAGGACCAACCAUCAUCAGCCUUUUGGCACCUUUAGACAGGAAAUUCAAGAUCCCAACUUGGACCCUCAACAUCACGGAAGAAGUUCACACUGGCAUCGUGUGGGAGAUUAUAAUUCACCCGAGGCAUCAGCUAUACCGAGUCAAUUUGGUGCGAGCCGUACUAACAGCAACGCUGCCACGUACAAUGGCGGAACCAGUCGACAAGGACAAACGGAAGGUAUCCCUUGGUCUCGUCGCCAAAGCCGACGGAAUGGCGGAAGUGGUGGGAGAAAUUUGAAUGAAUUGCCCUAG